CGGCAGGCGCGUCCCCAUUGGCCGCCGCUCACAGUCAGUCUCCCGGCGCGGCCCCGGGCGCUGCGGAGCGGAGCGGUGAGGACGCCCCCGGCGCGGGCAUGAGGUGCCAGGCGCGGCGGCUGGUACGGGCGGGCAGCGCCUGAGGGCGCCGGUGAUCAUGACCGUCUUCAGGCAGGAGAACCUGGACGAGCACUACGAGACGGGCGAGGAGCUGGGCAGUGGGCAGUUUGCUGUAGUGAGAAAAUGCCGCGAGAAGAGCACUGGUCACCAGUAUGCAGCAAAAUUCAUCAAGAAGCGGAGAACAAAAUCCAGCCGACGGGGAGUGAGUCGAGAAGAUAUUGAACGAGAAGUUAACAUAUUGAAAGAGAUCCAGCAUCCCAAUGUGAUAACACUGCAUGAUGUUUAUGAGAACAAAACAGAUGUCAUUCUUAUUCUGGAACUUGUUGCAGGUGGGGAGCUCUUUGAUUUUUUAGCUGAAAAAGAAUCUCUGACAGAGGAGGAAGCGACAGAGUUUCUCAAACAAAUACUUAAUGGUGUUCAGUAUCUCCACUCUCUGCAAAUUGCCCACUUUGAUCUCAAGCCUGAAAACAUAAUGUUGCUGGAUAGGAAUGUCCCAAAGCCCCGGAUCAAAAUUAUUGACUUUGGCUUAGCCCACAAAAUUGACUUUGGAAAUGAGUUUAAAAACAUCUUUGGAACGCCAGAGUUUGUAGCUCCUGAAAUUGUAAACUAUGAACCUCUCAGUCUUGAGGCAGAUAUGUGGAGCAUUGGUGUAAUAACUUAUAUUCUUAUAAGCGGUGCAUCCCCAUUUCUUGGAGAAACAAAACAAGAAACAUUAGCAAAUGUAUCUGCUGUGAAUUAUGAAUUUGAGGAUGAAUACUUCCGUAACACCAGCGCUUUAGCUAAAGACUUUAUAAGAAGACUUCUAGUCAAGGAUCCAAAGAAAAGAAUGAAUAUUCAAGAUAGUUUGCAGCACCCUUGGAUAAAGCCUAAAGAUACCCAACAAGCACUUAGUAGAAAAGCAUCUGCAGUAAACAUGGAGAAAUUCAAGAAGUUUGCAGCACGAAGAAAAUGGAAACAAUCAGUACGGUUAAUAUCCCUGUGCCAAAGAUUAUCGAGAUCCUUCUUGUCCAGAAGUAAUAUGAGUGUUGCUAGGAGCGAUGAUACUCUGGAUGAGGAGGAUUCAUUUGUAAUGAAAGCCAUUAUACAUGCCAUCAAUGAUGAUAAUGUUCCUGGGCUGCAGCAUCUUCUGGGAUCUCUGGCCAAUUAUGAUGUCAAUCAGCCCAACAAGCAUGGGACACCUCCAUUGCUAAUUGCUGCUGGCUGUGGAAACAUUCAAAUGCUUCAGUUACUCAUAAAGCGUGGAUCCCGUAUUGAUGUCCAGGAUAAGGCUGGAUCUAAUGCUAUAUAUUGGGCUUCUCGACAUGGUCAUGUAGAAACUUUGAAAUUUCUUCAUGAGAAAAAAUGUCCUUUGGAUGUUAAAGAUAAGUCUGGAGAGACGGCUCUCCAUGUGGCAGCUCGUUAUGGUCAUGUAGAUGUGGUUCAGUAUCUCUGCAGUAUUGGAUCCAACCCAGACUUUCAAGACAAGGAAGAAGAAACUCCCUUGCACUGUGCUGCUUGGCAUGGCUACUACCCUGUUGCCAAAGCACUUUGUGAAGCAGGUUGUAAUGUGAACAUUAAAAAUAAAGAAGGGGAGACUCCACUUCUGACUGCAUCAGCUAGAGGCUACCAUGAUAUUGUAGAAUGCUUGGCAGAGUGUGGAGCUGACCUUGAUGCAACAGACAAGGAUGGGCACAUAGCCCUGCAUCUUGCAGUGAGAAGAUGUCAAAUGGAAGUUGUUAAAACUCUCAUUAGUCAGGGAUGUUUUGUCGAUUUCCAAGACAGACAUGGAAAUACCCCUCUGCAUGUGGCCUGCAAAGAUGGGAAUGUUCCUAUUGUGAUGGCACUCUGUGAAACAAGUUGUAAUUUGGAUGUUACUAAUAAGUAUGGGCGAACGCCUUUACAUCUGGCAGCAAAUAAUGGAAUUCUUGAUGUUGUGCGGUUCCUCUGUGUCACUGGUGCCAAUGUAGAAGCUUUCACUUCUGAUGGGAAAACAGCAGAAGAUCUUGCAAGAACAGAGCAGCAUGAACAUGUAGCCAGUCUGCUUGCAAGGCUCAAAAAGGAUACACAUAGAGGGCUUUUUAUUCAGCAACUUAGACCUACUCAAAACCCACAGCCAAGAAUAAAACUUAAGCUGUUUGGGCACUCUGGAUCUGGGAAAACUACUCUUGUGGAAUCUCUCAAGUGUGGUCUAAUAAGGAGCUUUUUUAGAAGACGUAGGCCAAGGCUUUCCUCGACUAACUCGACCAGAUUCCCACCAUCACCUUUGUCUACCAAACCAUCAGUUUCAGUGAGCAUCACAAAUCUUUAUCCUGGUUGUGAAAAUGUUAGUGUGAGAAGUCGGAGCAUGAUGUUUGAGCCAGGCCUCACCAAAGGGAUGUUAGAAGCAUUUGUUUCACCAUCUCACCACUCGCACUGCUCAGCAGAUGACCAGUCUACCAAGGCUAUCGAUGUUCAAAAUGCCUACUUGAAUGGAGUUGGUGAUUUCAGCGUGUGGGAAUUCUCUGGGAACCCUGUAUAUUUCUGCAGUUAUGAUUAUUUUGCUGCAAAUGAUCCUACUGCAAUUCACAUAGUGCUUUUCAGUCUUGAGGAACCUUAUGAAAUCCAGCUAAACCAAGUGACCUUUUGGCUCAGUUUCCUGAAAUCACUAGUUCCAGUUGAGGAGCCCAUAGCAUACGGUGGGAAGCUGAAAAAUCCAUUGCGUGUUGUUCUGGUGGCCACCCAUGCUGACAUUGUGAACCUUCCACGCCCUGUUGGAGGAGAGUUUGGCUAUGACAAAGAUAUGUCAUUAUUGAAAGAAAUCAGAAAUAGGUUUGGAAAUGAUCUUCAAAUUUCAGACAAGUUAUUUGUUUUGGAUGCUGGAGCAUCUGGCUCUAAAGAUAUGAAGCUUCUGCGAAAUCAUCUGCAAGAGUUAAGAAGCCAAGUCAUUUCUAUGUGUCCACCUAUGACUCACCUGUGUGAAAAAAUAAUCUCCACCCUUCCUUCUUGGAGAAAAAUGAAUGGGCCCAACCAGUUGAUGUCAUUGCAACAGUUUGUAUAUGAUGUGCAGGAUCAGCUUAACCCACUAGCCAGUGAAGAAGAUCUACGGCAUAUUGCCCAGCAGUUGCACAGUAUAGGAGAAAUUAACAUCAUGCAGAGUGAAACUGUGCAAGAUGUAGUGCUCUUGGAUCCUCGCUGGCUCUGUUCUAAUGUCCUCGGAAAAAUCCUGUCUGUAGAGAACCCAAAAGCCCUACAUCAUUACAGAGGUCGAUAUACAAUAGAGGACAUCCAGCGCCUCGUAUCAGACAGCGGAUGUCAGACAGUGGAUGUGGAAGAACUGAUCCAAAUUUUAGAUGCCAUGGAUAUCUGUGCAAGAGACCUUUGCAGUGGAACAAUGGUGGAUAUUCCUGCCCUGAUCAAGACAGACAAUCUUCACAGGUCUUGGACAGACGAAGAGGACGAGGUCAUGAUUUAUGGUGGUGUAAGAAUUGUUCCUGUGGAACACCUCACCCCAUUCCCUUGUGGAAUUUUUCAUAAAGUUCAAGUGAAUCUUUGUAGGUGGAUUCACCAGCAAAGCACAGAGGGAGAUGCAGAUAUCCGUCUGUGGGUAAACGGAUCAAAGAUUGUGAACCGGGGAGCUGAGCUUUUAGUGUUGUUAGUCAACCAUGGUCAGGGCAUAGAGGUUCAAGUUAGAGGACUGGAAACAGAGAAGAUCAAGUGCUGCCUGCUUCUAGAUUCUGUAUGCAGCACCAUUGAUAAUUUAAUGGCAACAACAUUACCAGGCCUUCUGACUGUGAAACAUUACCUUAGCCCUCAGCAGCUAAGAGAACAUCAUGAACCAGUCAUGAUCUACCAGCCUAGAGACUUUUUUCGGGCACAAAGCCAAAAGGAGACAUCACUGACCAACACCAUGGGUGGAUAUAAAGAAAGCUUUAGCAGUAUCUUGUGCUUUGGAUGUCUUGAUGCCUACUCCCAAGGAAAUUUAGGCAUGGAUAUUCAUGUUUCAGAUCUGAAUCUUCUUACAAGGAGAAAACUAAGUAGACUUUUGGACCCACCUGAUCCCAUGGGCAAGGAUUGGUGCCUUCUUGCUAUGAACCUGGGUCUUCCUGAUUUUGUUGCAAAGUACAAUGCAAAUAAUGACUUCCUUCCAAGCCCAGUGCAUGCCCUUCUGCAGGAAUGGAGCAAUGCUCCUGAAAGCACUGUAGGUAUCCUGAUGUCUAAACUGAGGGAAUUAGGGCGCAGAGAUGCAGCAGACUUUUUAUUGAAGGCAUCGCCUGUAUUCAAAAUCAGUUUAGAUGCUAAUGGCCAAGAAGCCUAUGCUUCGAGUUGUAACAGUGGGACAUCUUAUAAUUCAAUUAGUUCAGUAGUGUCACGGUAAGAACAGAAGUUUUGCAUGGACAUUAUUUCUUUCAAACUGCAGAAAGUAUAAAAGUUACAGUAUAAUAGAAGUUCUCUAUAUAUUAAUUUAUAAGCUUCUGUGUGAAAGGAUUUUUAUCCUGCAUCAGCACCACCUUUUUAUGUGAAUAAUCUUUCUACUUUUAACUGUGAACUGUUGCUUUUUACUUUAGCUAUUAAAAGGCUGGUGUUCUAGUGUUCUACAACUCUUGUUUCGGAUAUACAAUGUGCUGCUGCUUAAUACUGCCAUUUUAACUUGGAAGGCUAACUUUUGGAAGAUGUACUAUUAACUGAUUUUUAAAACAUUUCAGUUUUCCUAAAAAGAGAAAAAAUUGCACAUUGAUCUAAAAUGUGUAUUUCUUACUCCCUGUUUCUUCCUUUCACCAUGUCCUCCGCUUAACUUUUAUAUUUGUAGGAUGGGAGGGAUGGAAAGCCCAACAACAUUUACAUCCAGUUUGCUUGACUUUAACACCAUAUUUAUAAAUGAAAAAGUGAGUGCCUUUUGCAGAAGAGGGUGUGGUUGAAUUGAAUGAUCCUGUUGAAAUUAAAAGACGCUACCUCUGUUUCACUUAAACUAUUUGCAUGCUGGUUGUUGCAAAUGGCACUUGCCUCUGUCUUUUUUCUGUGGUUUAAGACAUUUGAUAAUGAGUCUGUACAAAGAGUUUUCACGUCAAUAUGGUGGGUAUUGAUGCAUAAUAUUUAAUCAGCUUCGUUUUUAGUUGGACCAUGAUUUAUUUGAAAAUCUAUUGAAACCUACCCACUGUCACACUUCAUUAUUUCAACACAUCUCAGGUAAAAGAUCACAUGAAUUGUGGAGUUUUCAAAGACACGUGCAAAAUGCUAAAUACUGCAGAAUAGUAUUGUAUAGCUAUCAAUUGUCGUUUGUGCAUAGCAAAUGGUUUUCUGCUAUUAGAUCCUUGUUUGCUUAUUUCCUCUACUUGAAGAUUUUAAAAAAGGAAGCAAAGUUUCUUGCAACGAGAACUUUAAAACUUAUGAGGGAACAAGACCCAUUCUUCUGUUCAGAAAAGCACGUAAAAUUAAUGGUGCAAUGUGCGUGCAUGCGUGUGUGUGUGCGUGUGAGUGUGUAUAUACUGUAUGUAUAUAUAUUAAUACUAUUUUUCCUUAAUCUUUUAAGAUGUAGUAAAAUUUUAAAGGAUUUUUUUACAAAUAAACUGUUGCUUGUUGCAUCUUU